AUGGCGAACAAACAACAUCCAGCAGAGCCUACUCUACUACCGACCAGCAGUGGCCUCAGCUUCUCUAUUGAACACUCCUUGGAGAGAUUAGAGGUGAAAUUUACCAGUUUCUGGGCUAAAUUGAAAGCACGAGCAGCAACUACAACUUCCCUCAGGAGACUGUAGUUCAACACACUGAACCACGUGAUGUGAACAAGCCUCCUCUGGACAAAGAAGGCAAGCAAGCUCCCGUUAAUACACCCCUAUACUCACCUGGUCCAAAAGCCACCCAGGGGGGGCCACUACUACAUUCCAAAUCAGAGGGACUUGAUCCCUAUGUGCCCCAUGCCCGCGAAAUAGAGGCACCAACAGCCACACGGGCCCAGCUGUGGAUGGACAUCCUCACCCUACGCUACCUCAGCGGCCCCCCAGUAAAACCCACACCAGAUCGAUAG